AUGAAGACGGUUUUGGAAGUGCUGGACAAGUGCGAUGAGGCGGCGAGGGCCAGGGACAAGAUGCUCCUGCGAGAUCAAGUCCGGGAGCUGAUGACUGCGUGCGGCAACCUCAGCGAGACGUCCUCCAACGAGAGCGGCGAGGCCCUCGCAACCAAGGCCAAGGAGCUCGUCAACACCGUCGUGGAGGUGUUCACGCAGGAUUUCACCGAAAAGUCCAACGCCAAGCUGCAGGCCGCCAUCAACAGCGUGCGCAACGCCGCCAACAGCGUCGUGCCGCGCGGCGACAGCGAGAAGCCACCAGAGUUCAACCCAUACGACAACUUCAACGACAAGGGCCAGCUGGACGACAUCUACGAGUACGAUCCACAGUACAACCCUGACACCACCUUUUCCAACGAUGGGGACUUGGACGGCGCAGACCCCAUCUACGCCGACACCGCACACCAGCAGCCCAUCUCCGAUGGCAGCGACAGCGACACCAGCGUCCACAGCGACGAUGAAGACCUCGACGUCGACGCGACACAGGCGUCACUCGGCAGCAGCAUGCGGUCCAUUCGCAAGCGCCCGACCAUCAACCGCACCCUCUCCAUUGACCCUGAGGAGGACACGGCAGACACUCCGCGCGCCACGCCCGCGCUCUCCAAGGACAUUGAGUACCACGUGGAAGUGAUUGAGUCGGAGCUUGAUCAUCUCUACAGCGCUGCCGAAGUGUGGGACAUCAAGCGCAUGGCCUCCACCGCCAAGGCCCUUUUUCAGGCGUUUUCGACGCUGCGCAAGUUUGCGGGCCACGAGCGGGACCUGCCACAAGAUCUGGAACGCGUCUACCAGUCUGUGAAGGCCGCCAGCGUCUCCGUCACAGCAUAUCUGCACAACUUUGCCCAAUCCGGACAUUCAGAGGCCACAGAGCCCGCGAUUAUGGACAGCAUCAUCAACCUCUCUGUCGUCAUGCACGAUUUCAUCGCCGGCAUGAGGCGCUUGAAGUUUCUUUCGACGGUCACGGAACGGCCCGCCCACCACCUCAUGACGCGCAUCCAGGAAUGCUUCGAUGUCAGCGCAACGCCCCACACAGACGACAAGUGCGAGUGUGUGGACUUUGUGCACUGCAAGCAGACGCUUCUGCACUGCUCGCAAGCGCUCCUCAGCUCGCUGCAGCAGCUGACAGCAGCCAUCCUUGCCCCGUGUCCCGUCACGUGGAAGCUUGCGAGCAUCUGCGACAACGUUGCGUGGCAUAUGCAGCGGCUGGUGCACACGAGCGAUCUGUUGCACGGCGGGAAGCCGUCGCCACUUCGCCGCCUGUCCUUCGAGACCUGUCAGGUCCUCCUUGGCGGCGUGGCCCUCUUGUGCAAGCCUGGCGACCUGACGUCCAACGAGUUCCACGCUGCUGUGAACUCCCUCCACGACUCAAUCCCGGCACUGCGUGACAGCACGCAGCAGCUGUUUACGGAAUGCUUCCAGCUCGCAACAAACGGAGAGAUCCGAGAGUUGACACAGAAGGAGCUUGACGCGGACAUUGACGUGAAGGUGAAACUGGACCUCUCUGCCGCACACGCGGAGCCUGAGCAGCAGCCGGACAUGAAGACUGUGGCUGUUGACGGCUACCUCUGCACGAAGACCUUCAAGGAUGUCAUCACCAGCCAGGCGUAUCAGAUUGGUCACAUCGUGUCGUUGUCGAACAUGCCCCGCGACACGACCAUCGCUCAAGUCAAGGACGCGUUCACACAGAAGUACGACACGCCCGCGGCCGCGUCACUGCAGCUGCUCUCCCCGGAGCACGAGCUUACAGACGACACGAAGCUCGAAGAUUACAUAUUGCAGUGCACCAUGUAA